AUGGACACUUCACCGCAUAGUAAGCCGUCAAGCAGUUCGGCAAGUCAGUCGAGCCAUUCGCCAAGUCCAGCGCCCGUUACUGCUCCACGAAAAACACGAGACUCUGGUCUUUGCAUGACACAGGAUAUUCCCGAAAUUCCAACUCAUUGUAUCGAUAAUCUGAAUAGCCAUCAAUUAGGGAGGGGUACCUAUGGAAUCGUCGAAAAAACUAGAUAUAGGAGAUCCAGGAAUCAUGAAUAUAGACCGGCGGCUAUCAAAUAUUCAUCUCCAAUCCAUCUGGCUACUCUUAUUCGUGAAGCAAAAGUGAUGUGGGCGUUGCGAGAUCAUUCCAAUAUCAUUAAAAUAUACGGAUUGUAUCGAGAUGCACGCCACGGUCAAGGAGUCGUGAUGGAGUACAUGGACUGUGGAAGCAUGUCAGAGUUGAUUUACGACCGGAAAAGCAUUGACUAUACGAUUGAUCAUGUUGCGUCGUGGCUCUAUCAAAUGGCUUCUGCAGUGAAUACUUUUCAUCGGAAUGAUCAAGUACACAGAGACCUGAAGCUCCAGAACAUGCUGCUUUGCGAUCGGUAUCGAACGAUGAAACUGUGUGAUUUUGGAACUUUCACUGCAAUGCAUCAAUCAAUGACUUCGAAUCGUGGAACUCCGAUCACAAUGGCUCCCGAAGUGUUUCGUUGUGAGGAGUAUAACCAGAAAUCGGAUAUCUACAGCAUCGGGAUUAUAAUGUGGCAAAUGAUCGCCAGAAAUCAUCCUUAUAAUCGGAAUUUAUCAGUGCCUGGAUUGUUGUAUAACGUUGCGACAGCUAGUUUGCGACCGCCCGAACUUGAUUGUAAUCCAAUUUUAUCCGAUUUCUAUAAGCAGUGUUGGCAUGAUGACCCAGUGUCUCGACCUACUGCAGCUGAAUGUCUUCAAUACUUUACUGCUUUAAAAACGGAAUAUCCAAACGGCAAUGUCCCUCUGGCUGAUGCAAACACCAACCGGCCUGUUGAAACUCCUCCGCCACGUGUUCAUCGACCUUCCGGUCUUGGUUCAGCAUCUGGAAGUGGCUUAGGAACGAAUGGAAGAACACCAACCGCCUCGAAUCAUUUGAACGCACCACAAGCAGUGAAUACUCACAGAAGGAAUAGGAGUGAGACUAUUCAGAUGAAACCGGAACUGCCAUAUCCAGUGAUGCCAGGAGAAGUUGCUGCAUCCUCUAGUGGCGCAUUCAGAGGGCCAAGAUCUCAAAGUGAAGCGAAAAACCUACGAGAUGCAGGACGGUCUCAAAGUGGACAAAGACAUCCACAUAGAAAUGCACCACCAAUUCCGAUUGAUGAUCGAAGAGAUAGCAAUGAAAGCAACGAAAAAGAUGCUAUUUUCAUGGAAUUAUUGAGAAACGAUGAUACAAGACCCGUCGAUCCAGAUGCACGAGAUGAGGCAUCUCUAGAUAUUUUCCAUCAACACUGUAGUAGUAAUAAAGAAUACGCGGAUGCGCUUCUACUCAAGAAGGAAGUCCUAAGAGCAAAACAUGAGCUUCUGAGUCGCUGGCCUCAACACCAACGCCACGUAGAGCUACUCGAACGACAAAACUAUUUGGAACAGGAAAUCGCGAAACUCGAAUACAACAGCGAUGAUGAUUUUUCGAUAACUGAACGAUUGUAA